AUGGCGGACCCACUGUUCGGUUUCAGUUCUGAGAUUCCGGUACACUUUUAAUUGUCAUUUUUUUUUUACCGUAAAAUUUUGUUGCCUAUAAUAGAGGAGUACGUAGUAAUUUGAAGUCAGUAUUGUACUUUACUAGGAAUAUAUUUUCAUUUUAAAGGCGUUUGAAGACGAAGCAUUGUCUGAAUUGGACCCAUCGCUGACGAAUCUCGCAGAAGGAGAUGAAUAUGAUCAACUAAACGACGACACAUUUGGUGACGGAGCAUUGGGUAAAUUCUCUUGUUAAGCGUUUUAGUGUUAAUUUUAAAUGGAACUAUUUAAAAAGUGACUUGAAAAGUGAUUUCCAGAUAGAACCACGUGGUAAAUUAAAUCCACUCAAAAGUGCAGUGCGUACGUGGAAUUGAACAAAAUUGUUUGUACUAUACGCUGUAAUGAAAUGAACUCCUGUUCUGAUCAAGAGACAGUUUUACGCUGUCUUUUUCCUUUUAAGUUUUCUUGCAUCAUAGAAGAAACAUUUAGUGAUAUUUUUAGCUUAUGUUGUUUUCGUUUGGGUUUUUAAAGGAGGUUCGUUUCAGGAAGCUCUCAGCAUGGGCCUCCUGGCCAUCGGAAACUUGCGUGCACAACUAUCCUACGAUUUAAGUCUGUCUUUUAGUUAAAUUCUGAAAGGAGAUUCAAUUUACUUUUGAGUGAACGCUAGAGAAGGCAGUGAGACGCAACGAAGAGGCAACCAUAAUUGAAUAUUAUCAACUGUCGUGGUUUGCAUGGUUUUCAAGUCAGUUCAUGAUAAAAUUGUACGAAUCAAAAUCUCACUUGGUAAAGAUGCUACCUCACAUUAAACCUAAAUUUUAAAUAACUCCUUGGAUAAUUUUACAUCCUUUUUAGUGUUUUUAAAAAGCUAAAAUUACUGUUACAUGUAGCUAUGUUGCCUGUUUUGCAGAAGAUGAUUGGGAAUUUGGUCACAGAAAACUAGCAGGUUUGCCAGUAGAAGAUGAAGCUUCAGAAAGAGCCCAAUUUGAUGAGUGGCUUAAGAAAAAGGGGCUUGGAUCAACAGGUGAUGGUUCUGAGGCAAAGUUUGUAGGAAGAAACAUAGAGGAAGAUUUUGAGGAUGAGCUGGAUCGAGAGGAGGUAAGCUUGCAUUUCUGGUUGAGGGUGGUAAUACAGCUAGAUGUUUGUAUACACAUGACCAACUUGCUUUUUGUUUUGCAUAUUUUCCUAGUUACAUGUAAGAACUUUUCAAGCCCGUCUGGUUUUUACUUUCCUUUUCUUGGAUAGAUUAUAUUUUGUAUAUUUUGAGUACGUUUUUUGUUAUAUUACCGUUUGUUUUAUUAAUUUUUUUUAUAAUUUUUUAUGCAGCAGAUUGCAUUUUCUUGCAGAGCACAUUUUUCUUUGAGCUAGCUUAUUCUUCUUUGUUCAAGAUCACAAAAUGACAAAAAAAAAUUAACCUGGUUUGGUUUUUUUAACCAAGCAACAAUCAGGAAUUCAGCACAUUUAUGAGUAUACAAUAUGCAAUUCUCUUUCUACUACUACAUCUAGCAACCACUAGCACAACAAGUGUUUGUUGACAAGUCAAUUUUGUGCGUGCUAAGACAAAACAUAUUUUUGAAGUCAACCAAAGAUUUGCAAAACUUCACUGAUAAGUAGCCAAUCCUUAUCAGGCAAUUAUUUGUUGAAUUUGACAAAUCAUUUUUCCUUAUUGCAACCUUUCAAAUGCAUGUACAAUAAUUACAAAAUACAAGAGUGGUUGAUGUGAUAAUGUGCCAGUAUGGUAGUGGCAUAGCAGGUAAUUUAGUGUCAACAACUAGUGGCAUAGUCUUCCAAGGUUUUUAAAGGCUAAUAUUAAAUAUAAACAAGCCCUCUGAGCCAAGCUGGCCAGAUAAGCAAUUUCCUGUGAUUUUGUUACAAUGAUGUGCUGAUAAGGAAUACGUUUUGAAACAUCGGUAAACAGGAAAUUCUUGAGCAGAACUUGACAAAACUGGUAGAUGAUGAUGAUGGUGACUCUAUCCCUGUACCUAAAACUUCCUCCAAGUAUAAGGUAACUUGUAUCUAUUACUUUUAAACCACCUCUUGUUAAUUUAAUUUACAUGAUUCCUGACUCUAUAGGCAUAUGGUACAGCUCAGAGGUACAUGGCCCAGAAUGUGCGUGAAAAGCGUGCUUAAAGUGUGCACACACAUGCAACUUUUUAAAACACACUCAAAAAAUGCAUGCACAUUACACUGUAGCCAACUUCAGUGUAAUAUCCAAUAGUGCUCAUUGCUCUGCUUACAUCAUUGUUGUAUUCACUUAAAUUGAUGCUGCUACUUUUAUUAGAUUUUUAGUCUCUAGCAUCAAUAAUGCAGCAUUCACUCUCAGGCAGGGUUUGUUUCAAUAUCAUAUUUCUCCAAUUGCAGACAACAAUUACAAUAAAUCAUUUUUAGAUAUUACAUGUGUGUAAAACAGAAAAUUGUUUCAAGUUGUAUUGUCCCCCUGAGAUACAAUGGUAAUUUAUUAGUGUGUGUGUGUGGUAAGAAGGAUGUGGCAGGUUACUAAGCUGUAUGGUAACCAUACUUACAAUAUUUUCUUAUUAUCAUCCUGGAAUGCAAACCAUGCUCUUGUAAUUUGAUUAAGUGUCUUUUCAAUUGUAGCUUUUAUGGUAAUUUUACUCCUUUCUGUGGCAGUUAGAGGAGAGUAGUGUUAAAGUGAUUAAAUUCAAUACUUAAACAAAAUAGCCUUAAGAUUGUUUUCUUUUUGUACAGGACAUCAAGUACCCAUCAGGCAUGAAUCCAGCUUGGGAUGGCACAUCACCUCUCUCAAGUCCAACUUCAACUACUUCCUUACAUGAUCUGGUAAACGUUUAAGUCCUGAGCAGUUGUUUGUGAGCAUUGAAGAUAUUAUAAUUACAAAGUCUCAUUCAUAGUGAAAACAUAAUUUAUGGAUUCCAUUACCAAAUACUUACAAGUAUCUUUCAACUAAAUUAAACCCAUUUUUAUUCUGAAUGGUGUCCAAUGUGUCGACAUUUGAAUCUUUAAUUUGUUGGUUCUAUUUUUUUUUAAGAUCUCUCCAUCUUCAAAUAUUUGGGGAUCACCUAAACUUGACAAGGAAAACACCAACAAAGGACCAGCUAAUACUCAGUCACCAUUGACAGAGCUGCUUAAGGCAGAGGGCGAAAAGAAACAUGUGCAGAGAAGGCCUUUUUCACCAGCCUUUGAGGUAUGUGCAAAGCCUGUAGAAAACAUGAAUUUUUUUAAAAAUCAAUAAUCCUUUCUUGUAGCAUGAAAAGUUUGGCAUUAAUGUCAAUAGUCCCCAUUUUAUAACAAGGUUCCACAAGUAUUUACUUCCAAGUUUUACAAGUAGUAACCAUUUCAUGGCCUACAUGUAAAGUGGCCAAAUAAUGAUUGUGAAAAAACAUUUGCAUAGUAAUGUUGUAAGUAGAAGUGUUAAUUAGUUUGUAGAUUUCACUUGUAACAUGUUAAACCAAGGAUCCAUAAUAGUUUUUUCAGAGACACAUGAUUUGUUAUAUGAACAUGUACAUGUGCUACUUAGUAUUGUGCUGAUCCUCAGCUUUCAUUGCCUUUAUAGGACGACUCAAUUGUCCAGGCUGUGCCUCGCCAAACUCUUGUACCACCAAGUCGUUUCACAACAAAGCCUCAUCCAGUUAAUGCUAUCAAAUUAGAAGAUCUGGAAAAGGAACUCACAACAGGUCGUGAAGGUGCCCCUCAGCAAGUUCCAGACAUAGUUCGGCAAACACCUCAUAAUUCCAUGAUAGGACGACCACCUCCUGGCAUUCCUAGGCCAAUGAUGACACCCCCAGGUUUCUCUUCUCCAGCACCAAGGAUGGUUAGUUUAUAAUACUUUUUCGAAUUUCUACCUGAACAAAAUAUAUAGCCUUUUGCAGUUAAUGAUUCUGUACUUAAAAAUUUAAAAAAAAUUUCUUGAGGGAGAAGAUGCCCUUUGGACAUCCAAAACAAAGCAACUUCACUUGAAUGAACAUUUAGGUGCCACAGCACAAUUUACUUUCCUGCUAGGUAGUUUUUUUGUAUCAUGUGACUGCCUUCUGCUGUUGGUCUAUCACACUAACAUAGUGGCUACUACUGCAAAAGGACACUUUUGGGGGCUAGAACGAUCUGUCUUCCAAAGUACAAUUUAUACCCAGUUACCAUCUCGCCUGAAAAUUUCAAGAUAAUGUGGAACCAUGAAUUAUACAUUGUAGUUCAGAGAAAGCAUGGUAUUGCACUUUUCUAAACAUAUAUUGAGGGAGAAAAAUGUGUGUGGGUUUCUAGAUAAUCUCCUCAGGUUCCUUACUGUAGCACUAAGGCUAGUCUGUUAUUCUUGCUUAGGAUGAUGUCAGGUGUCCAUGUGGCACAUGGCAUUUAGUAGAACUCAGACUGGUGAUCUUAGAAUUUUCAGGCUACUACAGAGAAUUUUGUGGCUCCUAAACAGAUUUCUCAGUUCAGACCUCAACACAUAAUUAUGAGGCCAUUAAAGAGAAUACUUUCAGGUUACUGCACAAAAUUCUGAGGCUUCUAUACAGUUACACUUUUAAGCUAGUCCACAGGAUUCUUUGGCCACUGCAUUCCCAAGCUACAUGUGCUAUUCACAAUUUGCUGGCUACUAAGCUUAAUUCUCAUGCUACUGCACAGAAUUUUCACAUUACCACAUAAAAUUAUUAGGCUUUUAGGAAGAAUUUUGUGACUACAACUGUACUUCACCAAAUUUUUUGGCUACUACACAAAGUUCUCUGGCUAUAACUUGCACUUUUCAGGCUUUGUAGUACUAUGCAGAAUUCUCAGGGUUGAACACAGAAUUCUUGGGUUACUACUCUGAAUUCACUUGCCAUAUUUCAAUUGUGUUCACGAGCUGUUAUUUUGUGCAGCCUUACAUAGUAAAUUUUCCCCCAUUACUUUUCAUUAUUUUCUUGCUACCUUAUUUCUUAGCAAAAACUACAGUAGUGUUACUUAGCACUCCUAUGGGUACACUAUUCUGAGGCUAUUAAUACUGCUGUGCAGUAGAUUAACGCAUUGGAAAAACUUGAGAAUAAUGCAUCUUAUCACGUUUACAGAGUACCCCACGGAUGCCUCCCCAGAUGUUCCAACAAAGACCUAGUCCAUCAAAGCAUCCAAUGCCAAGUAUGUCUGGAAUGACUGGAAUGCCUAGAAUGCCUGGCAUGCCCAGUAUGCCUGGUAUGCCAGGCACCAGCCCUCACUUGAUGAGGACACCAAGAACACCACAUUAUCCAAGACAUCCAUUUCCCAUGGUCCACUCAGAUCCUGGUAAGUUCUAUUACUGUAAGCUACAGUAAAUGAGCCACAUGGAUUAAAUACCUUAGCACUUUUUGUGAACUUUUGUGAGUACAAGAUGUACAUGUACCAUAUGCAGGAUCCUUAGAGUUUGUUUUGUCCUCAGCCCAAACUGUAUGUGCUACCUGGUAUAGACAGUCAAAAAGGUACAGCUCAUGCUAAAACUCGGUGGCAUUUUGCAUUUAAGGUCACCUAAUGAUGAGGGGAGGUAUGAUGAAUUUCCCAAUGAGUCCACAUCACCAAAGGUUCAGUAGCCCUCAGUUUCCAAACAGAAGAUUUCAGGACCCAAGACAGAGCUAUCAAAGGCACCAGUAUGAUGGCAGAAUGUCAAAUGAUAAUCGCUCACCCAGACAGCAGGACAGAGGUGAACACCAUCACCAGUUUACUGAUUUAGAGAAGAAAAUUCACAGUAUUUUGACAGCAGCUGAAAGUGGCCCAAACCGAUUUGAUCCCUACGCUGGUCUUAUGACAAGACGAGAGAAAGAGUGGUUGAUCAAGAUUCAGCUUCUUCAGCUCACUAGCAAUGAACCAGAACUAGAUGAUUACUAUUUUCAGGUUAGAUAUGCAUCAUGAUUGAGUUAAACCUUUUUACUUCAGUGUAAACCAAAUGACUAUAGGUUCAGUGCAUCAGUCGCCUUGAAUUAUCAAGCAAUUAGGGUUCGGCACGUGUUUUUUGUUAUGCUGGAAUCAAUGAACAAUGGGGUCACUGAGGUACCUUUGUAGGAAUAGAAGGUUUUUCGUAGAGGCUGAGGGGUGACAGCCUUGAAUGUCUUCAGUUGGUCCCAACUUUAUGAGAAAUAUUUGGGAAUUUAAAAUUUUCAAAGAAACAAAUCUAAAAGUACGGUGGUAGCAAUAUAUUUUUAAAACAAUUUUUAACCACCUUUAAGUGAAGAGAACCUGUUACUUGAACAAGCCCCUCUGAAGAGGUGCUUGACAAUUACGUGUCCCAAUUCAACAUUUAUAUACAUUAGUUAUAAUUGGUCACAGACGUGUACAUGUAUGAAGUUGUACAAUCCAACUGUGGCAGGUGAAAAAUGUUUUGUUUUGCUGUUUCUGCUGGAUCAUCUCUAGACAUACACCAGACGGAAGGCUGCAAAGGAACGAGCAAAGCAAAGUGAGGGUGUACAGCAUGAUGUUGAAGAUAACAGGGCAAGUGGAGCGCCAAGAAAUAUGGCCUUACCUCAGUUUGAACGAGAGAAAAAGAGCUACACCCCAUGUAAGUACUUUUUUUUCCCUAAAGCUACGGGGAUAAGGCAGAAUAACUUAAUUUUAUCAUACAGAUACUCCACUUGCAUAUUGAGAAAAUGGAGUCAAGGCUAAGUGGUGAAGUCGUUGGGCCCAAGAUGCAAAUAAACUUUCCGUUCGUGUUUUGUUUGUUUGUUUUUUUUCGGUCUAGAUCUUUUGCGAUCGGCGUUCAGAAAAGCAACCGCUACAACAGAUAAGUUAGUCGUUUUACAAUAUUUCUCCCGGGAAGUUUACCUGUAAGUCUCUGCUGUUUUUGCUCAGGCCAGUUUAUCGGGCUCGUACCCAACAAAUCGAACGUGGCGCAUUCAUGAAGUGGGUAGUUAGAUUUCUGCCUUUUUUAUUUAUCUUUUUUCCAUUUUUGUAGUUGACUUUCAAGGUACUUUAGGGAAGGUUUCUUCAUCAUCUGUGCAGCAUCCAAGACAAAUGGUGGAUCUAAUGCACCUCAAUAAGGCAUCUGAACAGGUUAGGACCAUACCCUUCCAACUGAGGAAGGUUCCCAGAAUGAAUAGAAAAACUAGUGUGUUUUGAAAUUAUUCCACUAUUGUCGGAUUUACUCGUUGUUUUGGGAAAAGUUAGCCUCGUACCCUCAUGCCCUCAUGCCUUCGUGCAUUCAAUAAUUAACUGAGACCAAAGAGAAGCAUUUUGCCUUGAAACUUUUAAAUUGCAUUUAUUAGCAACUCAACUCGUUACUUGAGUUAGGAGUGUGAUGUGUGUCGUCGUGUGUAUCAGUUUUCCUCUCACAAAGUAUGAUUUUCCUCUGGAUUUUUGGAUUUCUUUUCAUCUGCUCACCUUGAUGAAUUUUUACUUGAUGAUGAUGAAGUUUCAUGCGCUUUUGCCUAUGGUCGACACUUAACGCUUGUAAAUGCUCUUGUUGACGACAUUCACGUGUUAAAUGCGCUUUUGCCCACCGUCGACACUCAAGGCUAGUAGAUGCCCUUGUUGACGACAUUCACUUGUCGCUGUUCCCGAAGGCUUUCGUUUCAACCACUUAAUACUGUAAUUGGAGCGUUUUCAUAAUGCCUACCGUUGGAAAUCUAUUUCAAAAGUCUCCGUUUGCUCAGCAUUUUCAGCGUUUUAAUGAAUGUGAUCAGCGAAAACGCGUCAAGAAGUAUGCAGUUUCGAACGAAGUAGCACUGGUGAGGACAAAGCUCAAGACUGUCAAAAACUUUUUUCGAGAGAUUUUUGAGCUUUCUCUAAUCGGGUUCCUAUGAACAAUGCUUAGUAUUGAUACAUGUAACUUAUGCACCAAAGAUUAAUGGAACCAAAAAAAUUUCAUUCAACCAGGAAAAGCAAGGAAGUUCAGCUCCUUUGAAGGACACGAAGCGACGCAGCCAGCUCUUACUUAAUAUUGAAAAGGUUUUUAUUUUGUCUUAUUUUCCACUUUCGAAGUACACGUUUUAUCUACACUUUGUCUCAUUCAGUUAUCUUUGUAGCCCAUGUUACUCCUGUGAGUGAUUUUUUCCUUCUCUGUUUUUAGAGUUAUGAUUACCUUUUGAACAUUGAAAGCUUAGAAAAAAGGUUAAUUCAUGUGGAAGAAAAAGAAAGGUAAUAGAAUUUUAGGUGUUCUGUUCAGUUUUAAGUAAUAAUGUGGUGUACAAAAUGGUGAAUUAGCAUCCUGCAGGAUUCCAAACUUAAAUUUUUUUUCAAAUCGCCAUUCAGCGACCUAAACUCGUGAAUUGGUUUCCGUUAAUGAAUUUAAACGCGCGCCUCUUCCCCACACCCAAAAAAAAAAAAAAAAAAAAAAAGAAAAAAGAAAAAUAUACAAUCAAACAAACUAACAACAAAAAAAGUAACAAAACGAAAACAAUAACAAAAAAAAAAGUGAAGAGAAAAGAAAAGAAAACCAAAGUGCUCUGUGAGCAAACUCGUGAAUUGACACAUGACUGUGUGUUUUAAACAUGUAUCAUUUUUGUCUUUGGUUCAAAAGAAAAGGUUGGAAGUAAAUGUGGUUGAAAAGUGAAAUUUACUGUGUAUCAUUGUAAAUAUUGGAAAAUUAAGGCAAUGAAAAUAUUAAUGAUUCCCUCUUUAUCAAAUGAGACAAACGGGAACGAGUUUUGAGUGAUAUAACUGAGCCCAGACUGCCACCGUCAUUUUGGAUUUCCGCCUGGGUAGAUUUUGGUCACGUGCUAGGCAACGUAUAAUCAAGAGCAAGAUUGAAUUUCAUUUCAGGCCUAUUUAUCAAUUUUGUGGUGUAUGACUUUCGCAUUUUAGUACGUAAUAUUUAUUUUGAAUCUUCAAAUUGUCUUGAAACUUAAAAUAAAAUUGUUCUUUAAAAUUCACUGAAACUGAAACUGUCAAAGCUUGGAGCGCAUUGUACUUUUUAUUUUUUGACGUUGUUUGGCUCCUUACUGUGUUGAAAUGCUGUCACAUUUUUUCUGAUGUUGUUCUAUCCUUUUUUUCAGGAAUGAACUCUGUGAAGCCAGGCAAAGCAAUGUGAAGAAGCUGUUUGAUCUCUUAAACCUUUCUACGGAAGGUUCCUCAAAGUAUGUUGCGAUAUGUAGUCUAUGCACCUGUUAGCUAUUCUCAAAAAUACAUGUACAGCCUUUGUCCUGAAUUUUUCCCUCUCCUUGCUUAUAAAGUGUUGCAGCAUUUGCAUGUGGCUGAAAUACCAUUAAGAUUCAUGAACACAAGCAAGUAAAAAGUUAAUCUUUGCCACAUAGUUUUGAUGUUAAACUUUUAAGAAACAUAAUGCUUACGUUAUUUUGCCUCCACUACUUAAUUUGGCACACAAAGUGAUGAUAUCUGGGUGCGAAGGCUAGCCAAUUAAUGACCUCAAAUUACAAACUACAGUCCCAGAACGUUCCUCGCGCCUCGCACCCAUCUCCAGCCCUCCGAUACGUGACGGCGAAAUAGCAAUUUAUGCUAAUUAGAAGUAACACAAAUUACAUUUUACAAUAUGUGGAUCUAAUUAUGAAUUGAGUUAAUUGAUUUUGCUUUCCAUGUUUCCCUCAGGGGUGAUGACGAACUCUUUGUGCAGUUCAUAUCAGUCCAUAAAGGAAAACGUCUUCUUAGUAGAGCUCUACCCUUAUUUAGCACGGUAAGGCGUGAGGUCGCGGUUUUUGGCCCACUGUAGCUCUGUUCUCUGUUAAUUCUUUUGAUAAUCUUUGCCCAAACUCCUUGUGUGGUUUUCAUGACAGGUUCAAAUGGAAGCUGUGUUGAUGGCAAUUGCUAGGAAUAUUUUGGCACUAAUAAAAAGAGACAACACUGAACCGGUGAGUAAAGAAUUAGCUAAUCAACUAUUAUAAAAUGUCAACUUCAAAAGAUGAAAUUAAGUCAGUGGUCUUAAGGAGAUUUGAGAUUGGCGGCUGCUUUGGUACCGAAUCUAUCCCUAGAAACACCGUCAUUCUCUUGCAAAGAGGAAGAAUUGAAUUCUUCAAUUGAAUAAUUGGCAGUUCGGAAUGGAACACCCGCUCGAGCUUUGGUGGAGGGUGGUUGUUAGUGAAAGCAGCGCAUAUCAUCUCCUUUCCCUGAAAUUAUAUUAAUGGUUAGGAACUUUGAGUAUGAUCACUUUCACAUUUUCUCGUUUUAAUACCUGCAGAGCUUGCAACAUUUAAUGGUUCCUCUUAAUCGAGCUUCUGAACUGGCAUCUCCUACAGUGGUAAUUCAGUGUCUUAAGGACAUAGUGUCUACACCUGGUAUCUCCGUCUCACAAGGGUCAUCACUUAGUGCAGUUCUUCUCAAUCAGGUCAGUGUGAAAGUGACAUACAGUGUAUCAUCGUAAUAAUUUAUUUUGUAUCGCUGCCUGGUUUGGUCAGUUGGUAGAGCAUCGGAUUGGGGUUCGUUCCUUCGACCUUAACAAUACUUAGGUCUUAAAAAAACGUAGUAGAAUGUGUUGCCUUGGCAAUUUACUUGCAAAUUGUUAGACUUUGUUGUGUUGUCGUAUAUUGAUAAUAAAUCGUUGCCCCGUAGCCAGCAUCUUCACUGCUAUGGUUGGUUGUAGAUAUUAAAGAACCUUGACACCUCCACAAUGUAUAGUUGGACACAGCACUGUUGGUGUUGUGGUCUGGUCUUUGUUCGUGUCCAAUAAGGUUCUUAAAUAAAUACUUGUAACGAUCUAGUAAGCAAACUAACAAAGGUACAUGUAAGUGAACAGCUCGGGCAGCGUCAACGUUUGGGGGUCAGGCUCAAGAGCAAGUUGCCGUAAACUUGUUUGUUAUAAGGGCCCGAACUUUAUUGAUGUAGAAACUUCACCCAUGUUACUAUGUGCUUCUUUCUGCGGAAUGUAUCACUUGAAACCAGGAACUAUUGCAUGAUAAUUGUCAUUAUAAAAGUGAUAUGCAACCAAUCUUCGAACAAACGAUUUUAUUUGUGGCGAUAAUUUCGGUGAAGAGGAUAUCAAGCUGGCGUCAUCUGUUUGUUUUCAGUUUGGCGUAGGACUUCUGAGCAUACUGCUAGGGAGAGCAAUUGUGAUUUCGAACAGUCUCACUGAAUCAGAUGAUGAGAUGCGGAAAUCUUGGUACAGUACAAUAUUUUCUCUUUUAUUCAUUCAACUUGCUCUUAGAGAUACUAAGAGACAUGUCCAGACAAAGCAUUGUAUCUUUGUAAAAUUUAAUUUCUCCGAAACCGAUUUAUUAAUUAUGGUAAAAUAUGAAGUGUAGGGAAACUCACAUAAUCUGAAGCUCUGUGAAGUGUGCACCAGUGAUACUUGCUUUAUGAGUGGACACUAAAUUAACUUGCUGAGUUUUCCAAUUCUCAAAUACACGAAGCUUACUUACUUUAAUUUUUGUUUGGAAGGUAUUCAUCAAACUUAGGUUUCCUCUGCAUCUAGGAAAAACACCAAGGCUUCGCUUUAUCAUGGCAUAGCAAGAGAUAAACAGUCGGUUUUGGAAAAGCAAGAAAUAUUUUAUCGUUAUUUCAAACAAAUUCACUUUUAAUGUGUUGUUCCUUGAUUUUUUGGUAAGGUUGAACAUUGUUUCUCAAGUUUCAAGCAAGUUUCAGGACAUACCAGUAAAACAGCUGGGAAGAAACCUUGAAGCCGCCGACAGAUUAGUCGCGCUAUUGUCAACCUGUACUGAUGUACAGACUAAAGCUUUAUUACAGGAACACUUAAGGUCUGGUACAAAACAUUAA